AUGCCUCUGGGUAUACGCCGCUGGUUUUCGUCCCGUCAUCGCUUGCGAUCGGACGAAAGCAUUGACCAGACUUUCCGCGCCCACGGACAGCGUCUUACUCAGAGAGAUGUCUCAUCCGCCGAUGGUCAAUUGGCCAGCAUUCGUGAAGAACGCGAGCCGGAUGAUGACUCUGAGCGCGGUUCUCGUCGCCCUCACUUGUUUGGCGGCAUCACCGUCACCACUACUACAAUUAUCCAGAGGUUCGAUGCUAUCUCAGGCAGUCCGCGAGGUUCACCAGCCAGAACUCUGGUCACCGCCGCGUCGCCUGACGCAACUCUCAAUGACACUGAUUCUCUCGGCAGCACCCUCUCGGUGGAUGAGGAGGAGGAUGUGGUUCAGCACCGGCCCUCAAUUCUUGAGCUCUCGGUUGGUGAUCUGAUCCACUCUGAUAGCUCGCUUGGAUCUGAUGAAGACGAGGAGCAAAGUGUCGAGUAUGAGAACGCUCAAGAUCCCGAGGAGGCUGCCGCAUACGCUGCAUAG